UUCACUGUACAGCUUCUUUCUCUUGCUUGCUCCUUCUUCCUUUGCCUCCUACUCCAUCUCCUCGCCUAACAACACGACCUUAGCCCGUCGACCACCUUUACCAUCACCAUCACCAUCAUCAUGUCAGUCAACACCGCUUCAGUAGAACCAUCCUUCGGUUGCCGCCUUACUGGCCUAGGCAUGGUGAUCUUGACAGUUCGCCUUCUUUCUGAACUUCUUACAAUACCUCCAUCCGAAGUGGAAACUCACCUUGUUACCGACAAUGAGACUGUUGAACAGACGCUGCUUGAAUCCGACAGGUUGAGACAUUUGAUCAGACAUGGAGCGAUCCCAGUGUUCCCUCUUGACAUUGGCCUGCCUCAUCGUCGCCCUCCUCAGGAUCCCGACCAUAUUGAUUGGCUUCCCCCACGCUCAUUCCUAUAAUCCCUACGAACCCUUUUCAAACCGCCUAUCAUUAACAACGAACUCUAUCUCUACCACAACGUUUCGCACCGACUGGCCCGAACCUACUGUUGUCGGCCAGCAAGACCAACACUUUGCGUCCGGUAUCGAUAUCUACCAUCCGACCCCAGAGACAUCAGAAGAGGGGACAUGUUCAAACACGGUACCUCCCUGGGCAAGCGUUAGCGAACUAUGCAGCCGAAUGGUGUCUACCCAAUUACUUCUACCACCGGGCAGCAUCAUCCAUCUCACCGCGUUGCAAUACCUAUAGAUUUGCAAACGCAGAUUUCUCGAUCUGUAAUACGGACACCACACAUCGCUUUACCGCGCAACGAAGAACCUGUUACCGAAUUUACAACGAAUGCCGUCAGGAUAACCAAAAAGAAUUCGUUGAGUACACCGGACCGGAUGGAAUAUCAUCGCUAUACCAAGAUGUGGAUGUUUCCUGGCUCCGUUGUAUGCAGCUGGAAUCGGGAAAAUUGUGACGUGUUCCUCUAAAUGAGUCAUCGGAAGAUGGACACUAACUAGCUUGGCUUAGCUAUACCUACAAAGUUCUAUUUGUAAUAAGUCCUUAG